AAGCGCCCAGUGGUCUGGGCCGCGAGUGGGAUCGUCGCCGAGGCCCAAGCGCUCCGGGUGAAGGAAACUGGGGCGCCUUGAAGGACCCUCCGCGCGCCCCCCCACCUCCAAGCCAAAAGUCCCAGUGUUGAGCAGGCUGGUCAAGUUCGGACACGUUCCGAGACUGUCGUUGGAGGAGCUAAGUCCUGACUUGUCCUACGGCUGAGGCUAUUUAAACCAUUCCUUUUCCCAGUUGUAUUCACUGGCGAUUGAAGAUAGACACCCGUGUUCACAGACGUGCGGCACAUUUUAUGUACUGAUCCAGGCCAAUGUGCAAUACCAACAUGUCUGUGUCUACUGAUGGUGCUGUAAGCACCUCACAGAUUCCAGCUUCGGAACAAGAGACCCUGGUUAGACCAAAGCCAUUGCUUUUGAAGUUGUUAAAGUCUGUUGGUGCACAAAAAGACACUUACACUAUGAAAGAGGUAAUAUUUUAUCUUGGCCAGUAUAUUAUGACUAAACGAUUAUAUGAUGAGAAGCAACAACAUAUUGUAUAUUGUUCAAAUGAUCUUCUAGGAGAUUUGUUUGGAGUGCCAAGCUUCUCUGUGAAAGAGCACAGGAAAAUAUAUACAAUGAUCUACAAAAAUUUGGUGGUAGUCAAUCAGCAGGAACCAUCAGAUUCCAGCACAUUAGUGAGUGAGAACAGGUGUCACCUUGAAGGUGGGAGUGAUCAGAAGGACCUUGUGCAAGAACUACAAGAAGAGAAGCCUUCAUCUUCCUGUUUGGUUUCUAGACCAUCUACCUCAUCUAGAAGGAGAGCAAUUAGUGAGACAGAAGAAAAUUCAGAUGAAUUAUCUGGUGAACGACGAAAGCGUCACAAAUCUGAUAGUAUUUCCCUUUCCUUUGAUGAAAGCCUGGCUCUGUGUGUAAUAAGGGAAAUAUGUUGUGAAAGAAGCAGUAGCAGUGAAUCAAUAGAGACUCCAUCAAAUCCGGAUAUUGAAGAUGGUGUGAGUGAACAUUCCAGUGAUUGGUUGGAUCAGGACUCAGUUUCAGAUCAAUUUAGUGUAGAAUUUGAAGUUGAGUCUCUUGAUUCAGAGGAUUAUAGCCUUAGUGAAGAAGGACAAGAACUCUCUGAUGAAGAUGAUGAGGUGUAUCGAGUUACUGUGUAUCAGGCAGGGGAAAGUGAUACAGAUUCAUUUGAAGAAGAUCCUGAAAUUUCCUUAGCUGACUAUUGGAAAUGUACUUCAUGCAAUGAAAUGAAUCCUCCCCUUCCACCACAUUGCAAUAGAUGUUGGACCCUUCGUGAGAACUGGCUUCCUGAAGAUAAAGGGAAAGAAAAAGGGGAAAUUUCUGAGAAAGCCAAAUUAGAAAGCUCAACGCAGGCAGAAGAGGGCUUGGAUGUGCCUGAUGGUAAAAAAAUUACAACAAAUGAUUCCAAAGAAUCAUGUUUUGAGGAAAAUGAUAAGAUCACACAAGCCUCCCAGUCACAAGAAAGUGAGGACUAUUCUCAGCCAUCAACUUCAAAUAGCAUUAUUUAUAGCAGUCAAGAAGAUGUCAAAGAGUUUGAGAAGGAAGAAACACAAGACAAAGAAGAAAGUAUGGAAUCUAGUUUCCCCCUUAAUGCCAUUGAACCUUGUGUGAUUUGCCAAGGUCGACCUAAAAAUGGUUGCAUUGUUCAUGGUAAAACAGGACAUCUUAUGUCAUGCUUCACAUGUGCAAAGAAGCUGAAGAAAAGGAAUAAGCCCUGUCCAGUGUGCAGACAACCAAUUCAAAUGAUUGUGUUAACUUAUUUCAACUAGCUGCCUUGUCAUAAAAGUAGAAUUAUAUAUUUCUAGUUAUAACCCUAAAUAUUUUGACCCUAUGGAUUUUAUUUUUACUUAUUACAUUUAUAAGAGCAAGAAACUCAAACUGCUUAGAUUUCUUGGUAAUGUAAUUUUUACCUUGGGAGGAAAAGUAGUUAGUAUGUAUUGCCUUCUAAGAAAGUUUCCCUUCUGUUUAUAUUUUAUAUUUGGGUUUUUAAUACAAUUUACAUUAGAUAUAUAUAGCUCAUUUUUUUACCCUCACCCCUCAUUUUAAAUAAUUUCAACUCUCUUAAGUGAGAAGUACCUAAUUUUCUUUUUUUAAAAAAAUAUGACAUUUAAAUGAAAUUACUUAGUACUUUUCAUGUAAGGAGAAAAAUAUGUAUAAGAAACAUAAUAUUUAAAUUUUAGAUACUCUGUGCUGGAUGUGGUGAUCCACACCUGUAAUCCUAGUAAUGAAGCUGAGGUAGAAGGAUUGCAAGUUCAAGGCCAGCUUCACCAAUUUAGAAAGAUUCUGUUUUGAAAUUAAAAAUAAAAAGGGCUGGGGAUGUAGCUCAGUGGUUAAGUACCUGGGUUCAGUCCCUGGCACCAAAAAAUAAUUUUUAGAUACUCUGAAAGUUUCUGAUCUUUUUCAUAAGUUCUUUCAUAAGUUAAUAGUUAUAUUUGGUGCUAUGUAAAUAAAAAUAAACUUAUUCUACAGCCUCUGUUUCCUAUAAGUUGAAAAGUGAUUCUAAGACACUUUGAAACACCUUUUGGACUAGGUUAUAUGGUUCUUAAUAGUUUCCUAGGUUUCAGAAUUUGGUUUAAGGCUUGUUUUAGAAACCAGUGAAUUCAGAAGUUUGAUAAACAACUGUUUAUUAAAACUAGCUGGAAAAGUUGUAACUUUUUUUGAAUUAUCCAGAAAUUGUGCAUCACUUUUCUUCAAGAAAGACAGGGUAAGGGGCUGGGUGGGAUUGUGGCUCAGCAGUAGAGCACUUGCCUAGUACAUGGGAGGCCCUGUGUUCAAUCCUCAGCAUCACAUAAAAAUAAAUAAAGAUAUUUAAAAAAAAAAGAGACAGGGCCAGAGCUUUGAAUUCUAAAAUUAUCUCUCAGUCUAUAUAAAGUAACUUGAUUAUAAUUAAUCUUAAGCAAAAAUAAUCACCUUAAUUUAAAGUCUUAAGUACUUAUUUUUACUCAUGUGUGACAAUUGUACAUACUCAAAGGAGGGCAUUAAAAAACCUGGAUUGUAAAUUUAGAAUGGAACCAAAGGAUAAUUUUGUACAGCUAACUACUAACAAUACAUUGUUGAUUUAAACUUCAAAAACAGAAUCACUCGUACCUCCGUGACUUACCCAUCUGUAUACAUAUAUAAGUAGCAAACAAAUGUCUACUUUAGCUUUAGGGAAGUUCCAAAACACAAUAAAACUUUAUUAAUUUGGAAUUUAUAAGACUAGGGAAGAACUAAGAAUAAUCCAUCCUUUCUGAGGCGAGUCCGUAAAUGACACACAUUUAUAUGUAUGCAGUGAAUUCUGUUUACUCAACAUUCAUCCUUGAGAGUGGAAUCCUUUGUAUGUACAUUGAUUACUAACGUCUCUACAUUUUUAUGUUUAGUAUACUAUUUAUUGAUUUACAAAUAAACAAUUUAUUAAAUGUUUUAAGAAUGGUUUCAAGAAUGUGAUUAUUGGAUUUUGCAUGCAAUUUUUCAUAAUAGCCUGUAUGGGUAAUCAGAGGCACAGAUCUCAAUGUUCUUUUUGGAGUCACCGUGCCAUCCUACUUUGAAAGUAUAUUGCAGUUUGGAGUCUCUGAGACAGAUCAAACAUUGCAGGUUAGUAGGGGUAGAAAUUGCUGUUUUCUUUAGUGCUGCACACUUGGGUCAGCACAUGGCAGUCUGGCUUAAGUGGUUUCUAAUAAAUAAUAGUGAAUGAUCUAACAAUUAUAGUUGCCUUUUUACUUAUCUGGUCAUGUAUGACUAUGUAAACAUGUUCUCUGCUGGGAUUGAACCCAGGACCUUGUGCAUGUGAGUCAAGUGCUCUACCACUGACUACCAUAGGCAUGUGCCUGGCUUUCUGUGGUUAUUUUUGGAACUAAAGUCCACAAUGCCAGGAACUUUUUAAUGGUAAUGUGUUGAUGUAGGUGUUUAGUACAAAUUUAUUAAAUGCCUUGGGACCUGAAUCUUGAAGCUGGCAAGAGUAUGUGGGCCCUACACCCAGAGGGGUAACUCUUGGCAAUAUUUAGCUUAGGUUUUUGCAAUUUCUAAUAAGUGUUUUAAUUAGUGUGUGGGUCUACCAAGUUAAUCAUGGCAUUGUAUUGUGAAAAGUUUAUAGUUGAAGCUUAUGGUUGGAUGCUAAUUUGGUUUUUAGUGUUUACAAAAAAUGUCCUCAGUUUAAAAAAUACCAGUUCAUGCGGCCUGGGGGUGUGUUUCGUGGUAGAGCACUUGCCUAACGUGUGAGGUGUGAGGUUCCUUGUUUGAUUCCCAGCACUGAGGGGAAUAAAUUAAAAGUUUGUGUCCAUA